AUGUCUAUGGAGAAGGGAGAGGACACUGCAAAGGGAGGAAUGUCUCUGGAGAAGGGAGCGGACACUGCAGAGGGAGGAAUGUCUCUGGAGAAGGGAGCGGACACUGCAGUGGGAGGAAUGUCUCUGGAGAAGGGAGCGGACACUGCAGAGGGAGGAAUGUCUCUGGAGAAGGGAGAGGACACUGCAGAGGGAGGAAUGUCUAUGGAAAAGGGAGCAGACACUGCAGAGGGAGGAAUGUCUCUGGAGAAGGGAGCGGACACUGCAAAGGGAGGAAUGUCUAUGGAAAAAGGAGCGGACACUGCAGAGGGAGGAAUGUUGUUGGAGAAGGGAGCGGACACUGCAGAGCGAGGAAUAUCUGGAGAAGGAAGUGGACACUGCAGUGGUAGGAAUGUCUAUGGAGAAGGGAGCGGACACUACAGAGGGAGAAUGUCUAUGGAGCAGGGAGCAGACACUACAGAGGGAGGAAUGCCUCUGGAGGAGGGAGUGUACACUGCAGAGGGUGGAAUGUCUUUGGAGGAGGGAGCAGACACUGCAGAGGGAGGAAUGUCUUUUGGAGGAGGGAGCGGACACUGCAGAGGGAGGAAUGUCUUUGGAGGAGGGAACGGAAAUUUUGCAGGGAGGAAUGUCUUUGGAGGAGAGAGCGGACACUAA